AUGCCAAAGAGGGAGAUAUUCCGGGAACAGUCGAUCUUCGGGCCGCCGGCUUUAUACCCUGUGCCCGCCGAGGAUCCCAAUGAUCCGCUCCAAUGGUCGACCAGACGGAAGACGUUGAUUCUUGUUGUUUGCUCGCUGUACUCGUUCCUGAGCAACUCGGCGCUUCUCGGACCCUCGGUUUACAUUGGAAUCUAUGCGGAGGAGUUCAACAUCUCCCCGACUACCGCGAGUAACAUUGUCAGCUAUGCAAAUCUCGCAUUCGGUUUCGGGUCUCUCGUCUUGGUCCCACUCUAUCACAAGAUUGGUCGCCGACCUGUUAUGCUGGGGUCUCUCCUCUUAUACUGCGGUGGCCUGAUUGGCUGCUCUCAGGCGACUUCCUACGGCUCGUUGAUGGCGGCAAGAGUAAUCCACGGGUUCGGUUCCUCGGUUUGCGAAGCUCUUCCCGUGCAGCUGGUAAACGACAUCUUUUUCCUGCACGAGCGUGGCAAGCGACUUGGAUAUUAUACCGUCUGUCUCUGCUUUGGCUCCACGGGCCCUUUGUACGCUGGGUACAUGCUUUCCGGCGGCCAUGACUGGCGUCUCUUUUUCUACGUUGAGUUCGCCUUUGCCGUCGCCCUUUUCAUCCUCGCCUUUUUCGUUGUGGAGGAAACAGCGUACCACCGCAAGCCUCCGACCGAGGGGCGCCAGAGUCAAGAGAAUUUGCAACGAGGUUCUGACGGCGAGAAGACGUUCGAUGCCGUUGUCGAAGACUCGCCCCUGGCCCCUGAGAUUCCGCCGCGAAAGACCUUUCUCCAGACACUCAAGUUCUGGGGCAUCUGGGAGAAGGACUCGGACUAUUUCUUGAUGAUGGCCCGCUCCUUUACGUAUUUCCUUGUCCCGCACGUGUUCUGGGUUGUCACGACUUACGGUAUCUACAUCGGCCUGGGCGCCUUGACGUUCAACUACAUCUUCCCGCUCAAGAUCACUGCACCACCCUACAAUUGGUCUCAGACCAACAGUGGUCUCAUCGCCGUGGCCUCCUUUCUCGGCUACCUGCUGGCCAUUCCAUUCACGCCAUCCUCCGAUCUACUUGCGGCCCGACUGACACGCAAGAACAAUGGCAUCCGCGAGUCCGAGAUGCGCCUCGGCGCCAUGCUCCCCGUGAUGCUUCUGGCUCCGAUGGGGCUGAUCCUGUUCGGCAUGGCGGCGCAGCACGACCUCCACUGGAUUGCGUAUUUCUUUGGCGUCGGAAUUACGCAGUUCAGCAGCUAUUUCUACUUCACCUUCACACUGGCCUACGCCGUCGACAGCUACACGGCCAACAUCAGCGAGAUGCUUAUCGCCAUGAACCUGGGGAAGCAGGCCAUCAGCUUCGGCAUGGGCCUCGACCUGCUCACCUGGGUCCUCGACCACGGCUACGCUGUCAUGAUUGCCGGCGUCUUUGUCAGCAUCCUCACAGCGAACAACUUGGCUUUGAUCCUCUUCAUGCUGCGGGGCAAGCGCAUCCGCGCUUACAUGGCCAAGACUUGGCUCGCCAGAGUCCACCGCGAGAGUGUCAAGGAGAUUGCAACGCACUGA